AUUUAUAUUUAUUAGUGUUUAGAAAUGAUAUUAAACUCGUUUGUUAUUACCGUAAAACUGUAACGACACUAAACAGACUAUUUCUACAGGUAUCGGCAUCGACGACUCUUUUGUACUUUUAUCUGCUUGGAGACGUACAGACAGCAACGACGAAGUGAAGAAAAGAAUGAGCGAUUCUUACUCCGAGGCUGCAGUUUCUGUUUCUGUCACUUCUAUAACCAAUAUUCUUGCUUUUUGUACAUGCCUUAUCACUCCUUAUAGAGUUGUACGGAUAUUCGGUACUUAUUGUGCAGUGUCGUUAGUCUUCGAUUACAUCUAUCAAAUAUUUUUCUUCGGUGGGAUUAUGGCUCUGGAAGGUUACAGAGAAAAACGAAAUCUUCAUCCGUUAUUUCUAUUUCCACUUAAACCAAUCAUUUCAGAUGCAAACGAAAGAAAUUCACAAGAAUUAUACAUCAUGGCAUUCUUGCGAGAUGUUGCAGGGAAAUAUUUACAAAAACUGUAUAUUAAGAUAUUAUUAGCUGUAAUAUAUACUUGCUAUUUAGCGGGGGGGAUUUAUUGCAUAAAUUACAUUAAACAGGGACUAGAUUACAAGAAAAUAUUUCCGUAUACCUCAUACGCGGUUCCUUUUACACUUGAUCAUUAUGAAUAUUUCACACUUCACCCGCACAGAAUACAAAUUGUUAUUAACCAGACUUUAGAUUAUUCCGAUGUACAAACUCAAAAAGAUGUCGAGAGCCUUCUAAAUACUUUCGAAACUGCUCCGUUUAUCAGUGGUUAUCUUACAACAGAAUGCUGGCUGAGAGAAUAUUUAUCUUUUAGCGAAAGUGCACUUUCUAAAUUGGUCUUCAAAGGAUAUAACUUGAACAAUUCCUAUGAGUUUUUGGAUGGAUUGAAAAAUGUAUUUUUAAAUGUUAAAAGUUUCCGCAGAUUUCGAAACGACGUCGUUUUUAACACUGAAGGGGAUCGAAUUAUAGCGUCCAGAUGUUAUAUUCUUAGUUAUAAUAUAAAAAACUCCAGUGCAGAAACGACAAUGAUGGAAACAGUUCGUAAAAUAGCGGAUGAUAGUAAAUUUAAAGUAUUCGUACAUGAUCCAUGGUUCGUUUAUUAUGAUCAAUACUUAAAUGUGACAACAACUUGCAUUCAGACAGUAUGCCUUUCCGCAUUACUAGUAUCCUUGGUACUUUUCUUAUUUAUACCAAAUUUCACAUGUACUAUAUGUGUCAUGCUAACUGUAGUCUCCAUAGAGGUGUGUAUAGUUGGAUACAUGUCUCUUUGGGACGUUAAUGUUGACACUAUUUCCAUGAUAAUUCUAGUUAUGAGUGCGGGAUUUUGUGUAGAUUAUUCCGCUCACAUCACGUACGCUUACAUAAGUAGCGAAGAAAGCGAUCCUGCGGGUAAGAUGAGAUACGCAUUAUACGCUGCGGGUUAUCCAAUAAUUCAAGGAUGUGCUUCGACAAUUCUAGGGGUAUCGGUUCUGUAUUUCGGUAGUAGUUACUUGUUUGUUAUAUUUUUCAAAAUUUUGCUUCUAACAAUGACAUUUUCUGCAUUCCACGGCUUAAUUUUGUUGCCAGUAAUUCUUAGCACUGGAGAUUCUAUAGCGCUUUCUUGGAAAAAUAAAAGGAAUAGAAAAAACUUCCGUAUAAUAAAGCAUAAAGACAAUGAUUUGACAAAUAAUAAUGAUCAAAGGGACGUUGAAUUAUCUUUUAUUGAAAAAUAAUGAAUACUUAUUCUGUCAAAUUUAUAGUUUUCUUAGAUAGUAGGAUAAUUACUUUGAUUUGAAGCAGCUUCGUGAAGUUUUUAUAAAAUUAUAUUCAGGAUACAGGAAAUUGCUUUAUUAACAUGUUUUCAUGUAUGACGUUAAUAGUUUUACAUUAUUGUUUUUGUAAAUUUGUUGCCAUGCUUAUAUGAGGUCAACAUUCCCAACUUUAAUGUGUUUUUUCAGAUCUUUUCAUCCAGAGUGUUGUCUCUGGUCCAUUUCCUUUGUCGCAAGAAAUUUAUGACACUUUGUCAUUCCAUGUCAAUUUUGAUCUUUUUCAUUUCCUGCUUUGUAUCACUUACGGCUUCUUAAUCCUCUUUUCAACGCAGUCCUUACUUCUCUCCAGGUGCAAAGCAACUUAAUCUACUUUUCAUUAGGUCCCAUAUUGAGUGUUUCUCUUAUGUAAUCGUUCCUUAUUCUGUGCUGAUUCGUCAUAUCACUAAUUCCCAUUUUUACUGUUUCUAUCUUCUUUUUCUUAGUUUCCUGUAACUGUCCACAUCUCGGCACUGUAUAUCAUUGCAGGUUCUACUACGGUUUUGUAAAUUUUUUUCUGUCAUUUUUUAGGUUAUUUUAUUAUCACAGAGCAUUUCGUUCAUCUUUCUCCAUUCCACUGUGAACCACGUUGGAUCUCUGCACUUUUUUUUCUGUCAGUUGCUAUAUAUGAUCCCAGAGAGGUAGUUAAUUUCGAAAGCUGUUAAUAUCUUUUUAUUCUGGAGUUGUUUAUAACUUUUUACCGGAAAUCAUAUAUAAUCUGUUUUUUUUCAUGCUUCUCUCUUUAAAAUCUUUUCUUCAAUUUUACAGCGACUUUUUCACCUUAUGUGUGUAUGUUUCACAUAGCACAAUGCCGUCCUCGAACAGUAUACUCAACGGUGACUUGUUCCUUACAUCUUCCAUUAAUUCAUCUUUUAGUAAAUCAAACAGCAACGGGCUGAGUUCUGAGUUCUGGUGCAGUUGAAGUCAUAGUGAAUCUUCCCAUCGUACCUCCAGUACUAUUUAUUUGAUUUAUUGCUUCCUUGUACAUUCCUAUUGGAAAUUUUACACACUUUUCUGGUAUUUGUUCUAUUCUCAUACAUCUUCAUAUCUCCUGUCUAGGCACCUUAUUGUACGCUUUCUGCAGGUCUAUGAAUGUUAUGUAUAAUUCUGCAUGCAUUUUUUUGUCCUUUUCCAUUUGCUGCUUUAGAGCAAAGAUCGCAUCUGCUGUUCCACUUCUCGCCAUGUUACCAAAGUGUUCCUCACCUAUACCUGCCUUCUUCCUUAAUUUUCCUUUCACGCUUGUUUCAGAUCUUCAUUGAGUACGACAACAAUUUAAUUUUUUCGUAAUUAUCACAUUUUUGAUUAUCUCGAUGUUUUUUUUAUAAAUUUGCACCAAAACAUUUUACCUCCAGUUACCAGGUAUUUUUUUAUUGCUUCCGCAGCUUUUUGACAAAAUACUACACCUUUUUUUUCAAACCCUGCCGUAUAUUAGCUGAGAUGUGAUUAGCUCCUGUUGCUUUUUCAUUCAUUCAUUUUAUAAAUGCCUUUUCCACCUUCUUGCUUAUAUCUGCUGCAACUUUCUCGCGUGCAUUCCCGUAAUUUUCAGUAUUCAUGAUUCAGUAUCUUCCUAAACUAGUAGUACAAUUUUUCCAUUAUUUUCUCUUGGUAUCGUAACAUUUUACCAUUCUUAUCUUUUAUCUGUUUUGUUGAUGUGAAAUAUUUUGAUGCCUCGCAAUUCUUUUUAACAGUCUAUUCCCAUCUACUCUUUCCAUUUAAUCAAGAUUCUUAUCUAAUGUUUUUGCCAUUUACACAGCCUUUUUCUAGUUUUACUUGCAGCCUUAAAUGUUUCUAUAACUUUUUGUUACCUGUGAUUUUCGAUCCUUUGUUCAUUUAUUUUUCUUAUUGCAACUUGUACCUUUUCUUCUAGAAGUAAUAAUGUAACAGUUAAUAUUGCAUAUAACUUUCGUUGAAUUAUAAUUUUUCUUUAAUUUAUAUAUUAAAGCAUGUAUCAGUAGUUGUAAUUGCGGUUUUCCUAUUCAACACUGCCUAGAGAAAGAAAUAACUGUCCAAAUGCAAACAAAUUUUGUAUAGUGACACGCAAAAAAUAUAUCGUUAAAUAAAUUACAACAAAAGAUCUUCAAUGCGUACUGUACAAUAGAGUAACACAUCGAAACCAAAAGUAUCACAAAAUAUUAACUACGGCCUGCCAUUGAACACUGUUCAUCGACGUCAGCAUAUUCAAGUAUUUGGAAUUUUUGAUCGAAUGAAUAUAAAUUUUUUUUACUCAAAAGUCUUUAUGUCAAACUAACUUAUUUGGUUUUAUCUCUUGACAAUUUUGAAUAAUAAUUGUGUAAUUACUAUCAUUGGUAACAGAUUCUAUUUAAAAUCUUUAAUUUCUAUUUUGCAUUUCGUGGUUAUUAUUUACAUUUUAAUAA